CGAAGAAAAUACACGAAACAAAAACUAUCUGUUGUUCAUUCAACGUUCGUGCGCCUCUCUGUUUUUCUGCUCACAAUUUCUCGUUGCUUCGCCAUAGAUAGGCCCUGUUGCUGCCACUCUACACAAAGCUUCAGCUCAAAAGCCUAAAGGUGGGAAAAUGGCAAGCUCAGUGGAGAAGGAGACCCAAAGCGGUGCGGGUGAUGAGGGUUUCUCCGUGGACCUCCCAGCUCCUCCUGGUUGGACCAAAAAGUUCAUGCCCAAGAAAGGGGGCACCCCUAAGAAGAGUGAAAUCGUAUUCACUGCCCCUACAGGGGAGGAGAUCACCAGCAGACGACAGUUGGAUCAGUACCUGAAGUCGCAUCCUGGUGGUCCCCCAAUAUCCGAGUUUGAUUGGGGAACUGGUGAAACUCCAAGAAGAUCAGCCAGGAUUAGUGAGAGAGUGAAGAUAGCUCCACCACCGGAACCUGAGCCUCCAAAGAAGCGUAGCAGGAAAACCUCAGCCCCAAAGAAGGAUCACAAAGAAAAGGAAGUUGCCCCUGAAGAAACGGAGGGGGAGAAAGAGAAAGAGGAUCACAUGCCAGAUGAAGAUAAGGUGGGGAAGGAUAAUGCUGGUGGAGAAACUGAAAAGGAUGCUGUGAAGGAAACCGAAGAUCAGAAUAAAGAUGAAACACAUGUUGUGCAUGGCAAAGUGGAGGGUACUCCUCCAGAAGAGGCUAAGCUUGGAGAAGACGUCAAAGCGCCUGAUGCUGAAGGUUCCAAGAAGGAUGAAGCGGCAGAUCCCAAAGAUGCUCAGAAUGGAAAAACAGCUGAUGGUACCAAUGAAAUGGAGCAUGCAUCAGACCAGGCUGAGAAAAAGGAUGUUCCUGAGGAGCAAGACAAAGCAGUGGACAACAAAAACGAGGAACAAAAGAAACUCGAAAAUGAGAUGAGCAAGAAGGCGGAGGAAGAAGCGAUAGAGAACGGCAGCCGUGGUGGCAAGGCUGCCAACUCUAACCCUUGAGUUAUAAUGUAGCUCAAUCUGUUACUUCUGUUAUAAUCCUUCGUAGGUUUCCGAUCUUCAGAUGACUGUAGCAUCUUAAUGUUUAUGACUGAAUUCUGAUUUCAUGAAGACUUGUACUUAUAACUAUAGUUAAUUAGGUGGUCUAUAUCGCAGCUUCGUUGUUAAGAAAGGAAAUGUAGGGGCCUUGAAUUAAUGCUGCUGCCUUUUGUGCACUUAUAUAUGGAGCUUGUAGGCCGUAGCUUGCAGAGAUCCAUAGACCAUGGAACACUUUGGUGUUAAAUAUUGGAAUAAGUGGCUACAAAUUUGGUUCGUGAUAUUAUCAA